AUGUGGUGGAAGCGCUUCUUGCUGGCAAUGCAGAAGUUUGUGCUCUUGACGGAGAUGGCCGAUCGGCACUGGAUUGGGCAGAAUGGCGCGGGCGUGGACACGUUGUCCAAGCUUUGCAACGCCACGAACGCUUGCACCGAUUGCUGGAUGAGCAGCGUGCUGCGUUUGCGGCAGCCAGAAGAGCAGUACGCACCCUUCGCAGAAGCAGGUGUCGAAGAAAUGGUGGAAAGGUUAAGGCAGCAAAAUGAAUUACUGGAACAACGGGAGCUUGAGCGAGUGGACCUGGAGCAACGCUUAACACUGUGCGAGCAGGAGGAGCACAGUUGCAAGGACACCUUGGCGCGGGAAAGGGAGCUGCAGCAGCAUCACGAUGGUAGUCUUCGAUCUGAGUUGGUGUACGAAAAAAAGCAGUUCGACAUGUUGCGUGAACAACACGAGUCUGGAUUGACACGGGCAGAAGAGGAAAUUCAGCGGCGUGAAGCAACAUGGCACCGGGAACGACUACAGUGCGAAGAAGCCGAGGAUCGUGUACGUGUUUUGGAAAAGCAGUGUGGGCCAGGUGAAGAGCGACUCCAACAAUGUGAAGAUAUGUUCGAACGAGAAUGUCGCAAGCGAGUUGAAGCUGAAGAUUGCCUGAGGGAACGUGAGACGAUGGAGCAGCAGCGCAACGAUGUUGCACAGCGUGCGAUCCAGAAGCUGGAGCAGGAAGUAGCAGCGGCGGAGGACAGGGCGGAGCUUCUGCACAAAGAAGUCGUCACCGCAGAAGAGGAGCGCCAAACCGGCAAACCAGUGUAA